AUGGAGCACGGCCUUUUGGAAGAGCUGGGAAUCGAAGGCGAAUCAUAUCCGUUAUGUCUGGGAUGGACAGCGAACCAACAACGGCAAGAAGCUAAUUCCGUAAAACUUGCGUUGGAGAUUUCUGGAGCGCAAAACACGAGGAGGUAUUGGAUUCCGAAGGUGCAUACUGUUGAAAAUCUUGCUCUACCGCGACAAACUUUGAACAUGAACGAACUGGUACACCAAUACGAUUAUUUGACGGAUUUACCAACUGACUCAUAUCAGAACGUUCAACCAAGGAUACUCAUCGGAGUAGAUAACUGCUACCUGGGACAUGCGCUGGAUAGCAGAGAGGGAAUGAUACAUGAACCGAUUGCUGCUAGAACACGUCUAGGUUGGAUAAUCUUUGGACCGUUGUCGACAGCUGCUCCAGCGGUAUCAGACUCUCCGGCGUGUAAUAACCUCCAUAUAUGCGCGUGCUGUGAGCGAAAGGAUGCGGAACUACAUAACACGGUAAAAGCAUAUUUUUCGUUAGACAGUCUCGGAGUUGCGCGCUUUACCAAGCCACUUUUAUCAAAAGACGAUGAUCGAGCGGUACGUUUGCUGGAAUCGUCGACCCAGGUGAAAGGUAAGCGAUAUGAAACCGGAUUACUCUGGCGUUACGACAAUGCUCAACUACCGGACAGUAAACCAAUGGCAAUGAAGCGGUUGGUGUGCUUAGAGAAGCGUAUGCAAAGAGAACCCGAACUGGCACGAAUUUUGAAGGAGAAGAUCAACGAUUAUCAGCGAAACGGAUACAUCGAGAAGUUGACAAAGACUCAACUGUCCGAGGAAUUCCCGCGUGUCUGGUAUCUCCCAAUAUUUCCCGUGGUUAACCCAAACAAGCCUGGAAAGCUUCGCAUAGUCUGGGAUGCGGCUGCAAAGGUGGCGGGAACUUCGCUGAAUUCAUUUUUACUCAGUGGUCCGGACCAACUUACUUCUCUUCCGUCUGUGUUACACCGUUUCCGGGAGUUCCGAAUUGCUGUUACGGGUGAUAUUCGCGAGAUGUUCCACCAGGUGUUGGUGAACAGAACCGACCAGCAAUGCCAAAGAUUCCUGUGGCGCGAUGGCGAUCAAUCCCGAAGUCCAGAUGUCUACGCGAUGAAAGUUAUGACAUUCGGGGCGACGUGCUCACCUAGUUGUGCGCAGUUCGUUAAAAACCAUAACGCACUACGAUACCAAUCCCGCUUUCCAAGAGCGGCCGAGGCUAUACUGAAAGAGCAUUAUGUUAACGGUAUGCUUUCUAGUGAGGAGUCGGAAGAGGCGGCGGUGAAGCUUGCAAAAGACGUCCGUUUUAUCCACUCACAGGCUGGAUUCGAAAUACGUAAUUGGCUGUCGAACUCAAAGCGAGUACUUCAAGAAUUGGAGGCGGAGCCGGGCGAAAAAAGCUUAAAUCUGUCGAGCGAGUUGGGGACGGAGAAAGUUCUUGGUAUGUGGUGGUGCACCGCUUCCGAUACUUUUACUUUCAAAGUUUCUCCGAGGAUAAGUGCAGAUUUACUACAAGGCCGCGUCAUACCGACAAAGCGUCAGAUUUUGAGCACCCUGAUGAUGGUGUACGAUCCGCUUAGAUUACUGGCAAAUUUCCUGAUGUUCUUGAAAAUCUUGCUUCAAGGGAUCUGGCGCAGUGGUGUUAAUUGGGACGGGCACAUCGCAAGUGAGCAAUGGGAGAAGUGGCAAAUGUGGCUAAGAGUUCUUCCUCACGUGGAGGAUGUACGAGUUCCAAGGUGUUACCGAGAGAAAACUGGCAUUGGAGAACAAAAUCGGAUACAGCUACAUAUAUUCGUCGACGCGUCUGAAAACGGAUUCGCAGCAGUUGCGUACCUACGCUUCGAAGAACAUGACACCAUUGAGUGCGCGAUAAUCGGGGCUAAGACCCGAGUGGCACCCCUGAGGUACGUGUCGAUUCCUAGGCUGGAACUUCAAGCGGCAGUAAUCGGAGCCCGUUUGGCGAACGAUGUAAUGGAGUCGCACACAUUGAAACCCACUCAAAGAUUUUUUUGGACAGAUUCACGUGACGUGCUUUGCUGGAUAAAUUCGGACCACCGUAAAUAUAGCCAGUUCGUUGCAGUACGAGUCAGUGAAAUGCUGGAGUUGACCGAACCAACUGAAUGGAACUGGAUUCCGUCGAAACUAAACGGUGCUGAUGAUGCCACGAAGUGGCAGAGGUUGCCGGAUCUGUCUCCUACAAGUCGCUGGUUUCGAGGUCCUGAAUACCUGUGGGAUCAAAGGGUUGAAUGGCCCGUUACAACUUUGAAUCACGGGCACACCGUCGAGGAAAUACGUCCAAACGUGCUCCAUCACGUCGAAGAGCGUGCGCUGUUUCGAUGGGAGAAGUUCUCACAAUGGAAACGGCUUCUACGCCAGGUGGCAUUUGUGAAACGGUUCCCAGCGAACGUUCGUAGGAAAAAAGCGAAGCAGAAUAUCGUUACUGGAGUACUGACUCAAAAAGAGCUCAAGGAAGCAGAAAUUUUCAUCCUCAAACUGGUGCAGAAUGCUGUGUUCGCUCCUGAAAUAGAGUCACUGCACAAACCGAACAAGGUACCCUGGAAGAAAGCAUUACCGAAAAGUAGUCCGUUGUACAGGUUGAGUCCAUUCAUUUCCGAAGAUGGGAUUCUACGUAUGAAAGGCCGAAUAGACGCGUGCGAAUUUGUGGACGAGCGUACCAAGCAUCCGGUACUGCUGCCCAAACGUCAUCCUGUUACAGACCUCAUUAUCGCUGAAAUUCACCAAAGAUAUUGUCAUAUCAACCACCAGACCGUGCUCAGCCAAAUUCAGCGUAGGUUCUAUGUGCCUCAGCUUCGCUCAGCUUAUAACCGGGUGCGUGCAGGAUGCCAGUAUUGUAAAAACCGCCUUGCGAAGCCGUUUGCCCCAGAGAUGUCCGCACUUCCUUCUACGCGGUUGAAGGCCUUUUGUCGCCCCUUCUCCUACAUAGGCAUCGACUAUUUCGGUCCGAUGUAUGUUGUUGUUGGAAGACGAACCGAAAAACGUUGGGGGGUAUUGAUAACUUGCCUCACCGUUAGAGCCAUACACCUAGGAAUUGCACACAGUCUCACAACAGAUUCAUGCAUACUUGCCAUCAGGAAUUUUAUUGCCAGAAGAGGUACGCCCCUCGAAAUAGUGAGUGAUCGGGGAACUAACUUCGUUGGAGCCAGUCGCGAGCUAAAGCAAGAGCUAGAGAAGCUGAAUCAGGAGAAGUUGAUGGAAUAUUUUGUCACUAGUGACACAAAAUGGACAUUUAACCCACCUGCAUCUCCACACUUCGGCGGAGCCUGGGAACGUCUCGUUCAGUCUGUUAAAAAAACUCUAAAGCACCUCCAAAUUUCGCGCACACCCACCGACGAGCUUUUAAGAAACAUGAUGGCGGAGAUCGAACUAAUCGUAAAUUCUAGACCCUUAACCGAGCUACCGCUGGAUGACGAAAUGUCAUCCCCACUCACACCGAACCAUUUCUUACUCGGAUCGUCAGACGGUUCUAAGCCCCCGAUCGCGUUCGACGAUAAGUAUCAUGCCCUGAAACACACCUGGAAGAUGUCCCAGAUCUACGCAAACCGGUUCUGGAAACGAUGGAUAGCAGAAUAUCUACCAACGUUGACGCGAAGGACGAAGUGGUUUCAGCCGGUGAAGCCUAUCGCCGAAGGAGAUAUUGUCAUCGUGGUGGAUGAGACGCUACCGAGAAACUGUUGGCCCAAAGGUCGGGUAGUGAAUGCAAUCCGGUCGAAGCAUGGACAGGUUCGUCGCGCUCAGGUGCAGACAGCUAAUGGUAUCCUGGAGAGACCGGCCGUAAAACUUGCGGUGUUGGACCUUAGUGCAACCGUAAGUACGUCGGACCCUUGA